AUGAGUAAUAAAAAUAAUAAUAAUAAUAAUAAUAAUAAUAAUAAUAAUAAUAAUAAUAAUAAUAAUAAUAAUAAUAAUAAUGAAAAAUUAUUUUGGAGAGUAAUUCAUAAUAAAUAUUUAUUUCAAUUAAUAUUUAAACAUUUACACUCAACCAAAAUUUAUUAUGAUAAUCAUAAAUUAUAUAAUGUAAAUAAUAGAAUCAAAUUUAAUUUAAUAACUUCAUUUGAAUGGAUGAUUAAAAAAAGACAAUAUAGCCUUUUAAGAGAUAAAAUAAUAUGGGGUGAUUUUAUUAGAUUCGACUUAAAUUCAAUUCGUUUGUUCUUUUCAAUGGGUUGUUAUACUGAUAAUAAAUCAACAAAAAUACCAAUUGAAAUAUUCAAAGAGUUAUUAUAUUUGUUAAUGGAUUAUAAAAGGAUAGAUUUUGAAAUUACAGAUUUAGUAUUAUUAAGCAUUCAAUGUAAUAAUUUAGAAGGUUUUACUAUUUUAACUAGUGACAAAUAUUCACUUUUGGUAUUAUCACAAACCUUUGAAUGGGCAAUAGGAAAUAGUUCACCAUCUAUUGUUGAAUUUUUAAUAAAUUCAAAAUCAUACACACAAAUUUCUGAUGAAAUAAGAUAUUGCUCUUUAAAAUUGGCAUUAAAUAAUAGUAAUAAAAAUUAUAAAGAAGAAAUGGUUAACUUUGUUUUAAAUAAUAAUUUUUAUAUCCCACCACCCUCACCUUCACCUUCUUCACCAUCAUCUCCCACUCAACAAAACAACAACAACAACAACAACAACAACAACAACAACAACAACAACAACAACAACAACAACAACAACAACAACAACAACAACAACAACAACAACAACAACAACAACAACAACAAUAAUAAUAAUAAUGAAGAGAAAGAGGAAAAUGUUGAACAACCAAAUAAAAGGUUAAAAAUUUCUCAUGAAAACCAUGCUGAUCAAAAAUAUAAAUCAAAACUUGAAAAUAUAUAUUAUAUUAGCUCAGGGAAUUUAUUAAAUAGAUUAUUUUAUGACUUAAAUUGUUUAUAUGUAGAGAGUGAUAUGAGUCUAUUGCAAAUGGGUGAAAAAUACCUUUAUAAAAAUUUACAAACAUCAUCACUUGAUGUAUUCCUUUUUUAUAUAAAAACAUUCUUUAAAUUUACAAAGGCCAAAACUGAAAAACUAAAUCAAGUUCAAUCAAAUAUAACUAAAAUAAUGGCUAAUAAUAAUACAGAUCUUACUUUUAAAUUAAAAGAAUUACAAAAAAUAAUGUUGUUCGAGAAAAAGUAUCAAUAUCUUUUACAAUUCCUAUACAGAUAUGAUGAUUUAUUCUAUACUGUAGGUCAAGAUAUCUAUUCUCAAACUGUUUGUGAUAUGAUCUACGAGUAUUGUUUUAGAGCUCUUAGCCCAAAUGCUUUAAAUUAUAUAAUCAAAAAUAAUAUACAACCAACAAAUGAUAAACUUUUUAAAACUUUUAAACUUAAAACAAAAUUUAUUUCAAUUUAUCCAGAAAGAAUAAUUGAAUUUAUAAAAUUAUAUUCUUCAAUAAUAAAUAAUAAUCAAAAUAAUAAUAAUAAUAAUAAUAAUAAUAAUAAUAAUAAUAAUAAUAAUAAUAAUAAUAAUAAUAAUAAUAAUAAUAAUAAUAAUAAUAAUAAUAAUAAUAAUAAUAAUUUAGUUGAAAAUUUAGGUUUUAUAUCAUUACCAACUUCUAUAGAUUUUAUUGGAAUAAUUUUAGAGAUAAUCCAAAUAGAUAGACAAGAUUAUUAUGCAGAUAUUUUAAAUUCAAUACCAGAUAUAGAGAGAUAUAACAUAAAGUUUCCAAUUUGGAAUCAAAUAUUACCAAAAUUAUUUUCUAAUAAUAAUAAUAAUAAUAACAAUAAUAAUAAUGAUAAUAAUAAUAAUUCUGAACCAAUAAUAUGGAUAAAGGAUCAAAGUGAUAUUGAUUGGUUUUCAAAUUUAGAAUCAAAUAUAAUAAUUUCAAAAUAUUUGUAUCAUUCUAAAAAAGGUAUUAGAUGUGAAACAUUUGAAUUGGCAAUGUCAAUGUAUCAAGAGUUUGAAAAACUUGACCAAAAUGAAUUUGAAGAAUAUCAAAUCUUUGAAUAUCCAUUCAUUCAGAGUGUUACAAGCAAAAAGGGUAUUGAUAGAGUGGUAUUGGAUAAAUUUCAUUUUUCAGAAUUUGAAUUCUUUUUAAAAAAGGAUAGUCCUAGUGGAAUUGGUGGUGAUAGUUAUCCUUUGUUAAGUUUAGAUAAUAUUUAUAGUUUAGUGGAAUAUUUUAAUGAAAAAGCAGAUCUAGAUCAAAUUAAUGAUAGUACCAGUCAAUUAUUUUAUAGAGUUUUACAAAUGAUAUUAAAUACAUGUAAUAAAAUCAAUGAUGGUUCAAUCGUCAUGGAGACCAUUGAUUCAAGUAGAAUGAAACUUUUACUACAUAGAUUUCCUGAAGAAUCAAUUAGAGUAUUGGUUCAACAAAUCAAUGAAUAUCAUAUAAUCAAUGAUGGUUGGGCAAUUGAUUUCUUAUUGAAUAGUGGUGAAUUAACAAAAUUAGAUAGAGAAUAUAUAGAUUUAUUCAAUGAUUAUUGGGAGAGUGAAACAAUCGAUGGUAAAACUAUUAUCAAUAGAAAGGGUGAAUUAAUUUAUAGUGCAAAAUUAAUUUAUAAUAAUCAAUGUGAUAUAAUCUAUAGUGAUCAAGAUUCAAUUUUAAUAAUUGAUUUAAUAGAAUAUUGGAUUCAAAGAGUAAAAGGAAUUAAUAGUAAUAAUAAUAAUAUUCAUUUAGUUGUAUUUCAAAAAAUUUUAAAUAGGUUAUUUGAAAUUUUAUUAUCAACUAGAAAUGUAACUCAAGAACAGGUAUUAAUUAUUCAUAAAAGAUUGAUUAAAGAAUGUUUUAUAGAUGAAAUUGAUCAUAGAUCAGUUUAUUAUGGAUUUCGUUAUAUUGCUAUAAAAUCACCAAAACUUAUAAAAUAUAUUUUGUCUAGAUCUAUGGUAUCAAAUUUAUUGAAAUUAACAGGUGAUACUGAAUAUGAUGCAAACCUUCAAUACGAUGGACAAUAUGGUUAUUUUGAUUUCUUACCAUUAUGUUUAAAAAUUUCAGAGUUUACUUGUCAAGUGAUACUAUCAUCAUCAUUUGAACACGUUUUACAAUUGAUUCGACUCCAUUUCUUUGAUUACCCUGUUAAUGAAAUAAAAUCUAUAGAUAGAUUAAAUGUUCCUUUGAUGGUUUUAGAUUUCUAUUCAAUUUCUACAAACAUUGAUUUGGCUUAUUUUUUAGAUACCAAUAGAGUUGAUUUAUUCUUUAAAGAAUUGGAUAUCAUUAAACAAAACUUAAACAGUCAUCAUCUUGACACUUCUCCAAAUAAUCUUGGUCCUUCUUUCCCACAAUUUAAUUCUGAUUAUGAUAAUUCACCAUUAUCAAUGAUACGUAAAGAUAGUAUUUAUUAUAAACAAUUACAACAACAACAACAACAACAACAACAACAACAACAACAACAACAACAACAACAACAACAACAACAACAACAACAACAACAACAACAAUUACAGGAACACAAUCAAGUAAAUGGAAAUCAUCAACAAAUACAAUACUUUCAAUUUGAUGAAUUAGUACUUUCAAAGGCCUGUACUGUUUUUAGUGUUAAUGAAAUUCAAUCUUUUAUUCAAUUUAAUUCUAAAGUAAACAAAUUUCAUGAACAAAUAUUACUUGAAUCAAUUCAACAAAAUAAUAUUGAAAUAACCUCAUUUAUACUAAAAAACUAUAUAGUUGAUCUAAAAGAUUUUAAAUUAAUUUUAUUUUCUAUAUUUGAAAAUAAUAAUUAUCCAAUGGCUAAAUUCUUAUUAGAAAAUACUCAAUUUCAAAAUUCAUUCCCCAUAAUUAAUUUAAAUAAUAAUAAUAUUAAUAAUAAUAAUAUUAAUAAUAAUAAUAUUAAUAAUAAUAAUAAUAAUAAUAAUAAUAAUAAUAAUAAUAAUAAUAAUAAUAAUAAUAAUAAUAAUAAUAAAUUCAUUUUUAAUAUUUGUUUUGUUAAUGGUCACAUCUCAUUGUGUGAUUUAAUUUUGCAAACAUUUUCUCAAAUAAUUGGAAACCCUUUUAAAAAUUCAAAUUUCAAAGAAUUAAUAGACGAAACAAGGGAUUUGGAAAACUAUCAUAUUAUUAACUAUUAUUAUAAAAAAGGUUUAAUUGAUAAAGCAUUUGUAAAAAACUAA